AUGAAGAAAUCUGGUGGCAGUAUGGUUAAUCUCUCAAAUAUCACUCUUACUGAUGUUCAAAUUAAUGCUUUAAAACUUAACAAUAAUUUUGCUAUUUCAACUCGACCUUCAUUACCUAAACUCAUUGCUCCUAUCGAAAAAUCUUUUAAAUUCAGUAAAAUUAAUGAUGCUCAAAAAGAUUCUAUCAGACACUUUAUUGCCAAUACCGUAGACUUCAACUCAAAAAUAUCUAAUUCAAACCUUAGCAUUUCCUCUAAAGUAAUUCUUAAAGAUAUAAAGUCCAAUCCCAACUUAAUCGUUACCAAAGCUGACAAAGGUGGUCAAAUUGUUCUUCUAAACGAAAUAGACUAUUUGGAGAAAUCUAAACAACUUAUUCUUGAUGGUCCUUAUAAAGAAAUUCCCAAAGAUCCGAGCACUAAAGAAUUAAAUGUUAUAAAAUCAACUAUUAAAUCCUCUAUGUUAAUUCCCAAUAGACUUAAGGUUGUUUUGACUCCCUCUGUUUCUCAUUGCGCUAGAUUUUAUACUUUACCUAAGUUACAUAAAGUUGGCACUCCUUUUAGACCAAUUGUCUCCAACAUUGGUACCUCGUCUUACAAACUCGCAAAAUUUUUAGUUUUUGUCUUCUCCCCUCUUCUUGGUAAUAAUUCUUUUACUACCAAAAAUUCCCUUGAGUUUGUUAAAGAAGUUAAAAAUCUAAAACCUAAUGGUUAUUUGAUGGCCUCAUUUGAU